CUCAGAAGUAUUCGCUACAGCAAUUUGACAGUGACCUGACUCUAUCACAUACAUUAUCUCGCACGGAGAAAUCGACAGAGGCAACAUGCCUACAUACAACAUCGUCGUCUUUGCCGGCGACUAUGCAGGCCCCGAGGUGACCAAGGAGGCUGUAAAGGUCCUCAAGGUGGUAGAGAAGUGCUCAAAAGAUGUCAAAUUCAACUUCCAAGACCACCUGCUGGGAGGCUGCUCGAUUGACGCCCACGGGACACCUUUGACGGACGAGGCCCUCAGCGCUGCCAAAUCCGCCCACGCCGUCCUCCUCGGCGCAAUCGGAGGCCCCAGGUAUGGCGUGGGCAAGGUUCGCCCUGAGCAAGGCCUCCUCAAACUCCGCAAGGAGAUGGGCACCUUUGGCAAUCUACGACCCUGUUUCUUCGCUUCUCCCAGCCUGGCUUCGCGUUCCCCGCUCAAGGAAGAGGUCUGCCAGGGAACAGACUUCAUGAUCGUCCGCGAGUUGACUGGUGGCAUCUACUUUGGCGAGCGCAUCGAGGGGAAACCCGAAGACGGUGAGAACGAGUGGGCCGAGGACCGCGAACCAUACUCGAGGAAAGAGAUCGAGCGCAUCACUCGACUGGCAGCCUACCUCGCCCUCGCAAAGAAUCCGCCUUCCAAAGUCUGGAGUCUGGACAAAGCCAACGUGCUCGCAACAUCCCGUCUAUGGCGCCGAGUGUUUACAGAAACAAUGCAAAAAGAAUUCCCCCAGCUCCAAUUCGAACACCAACUGAUCGACUCGGCCGCGAUGAUCAUGGUGAAGAACCCCCGUGCCCUGAACGGCGUCAUUGUCACGUCGAACUUGUUCGGCGACAUCAUCUCCGACGAGGCCUCCGUCAUCCCCGGCAGCCUGGGCCUGCUCCCCAGCGCCAGUCUCAGCGGCGUCCCGGACGGAAAGGGGCACUGCAACGGCAUCUACGAGCCGAUCCAUGGCUCCGCGCCGGACAUCGCAGGCAAGGGUGUCAUUAACCCGGUCGCGGCCAUCUUGAGCGUGGCAAUGUUGUUACUGUACAGUUUGAACUUGCCCAGGGAGAGCCUGCUCGUGGAGCAGGCCGUGAAGAUCGUCAUCGAGAAGGGCAUCGUCACCAAGGAUAUUGGCGGAGAAAGUUCCACCGUCGAGGUCGGCGAUGCGGUGGCGAGAGAAUUGGAGAGCUUGUUCAAAGACCUGUGAGCACUUCCGAAAAAGAAGGGAGUGCGAAUAUAUACCUCGACGUCGAGAUGCGUUAUGUCAGUCCUUCCUCUUUGGGAGACUCAAGCACCCACUUUAUGGAUGCUCUGUUACGGGGCUAGGGAGAUCAAACCAGGUAUCAGUCACGAAUAAAAAGUUGUUCUCUUUGCACAGAAACCAAGCAUUGCCAUGAAAUCUGGG